AGACAGUCGAAUAUAUCAUCACUUUUUUUAUCACAAUGUUGCAAUAUAACUAGAGGUUUGGAAUUUGGUAGCCCUCCAAAUAUUGAAGCUCUCCACUCCAGAUCUUCCUUUAAAUGGUCGAUAUAUUACUCCACGAGUCAUUUCUAUCUGAAUUGGAGCACUCUUACAUCUGAAAUACACCGGAAUUGCUGAACAACUUCUCUGUUGUUGGAAAUCAAUGGAUUCGUUUCCUCUUUGUAUUAAGGUGAGUAACUAGCGCAUUUUGAUUCAUCAACUAUGAACUAGUUACCUUCUAGUCUGCAAAUAGGGUUAUACGUUAUCAUACAAUUUUAAAAGGGUUAUAGUCCUCGUAAAUGAGACAGAUUCUUCGUCAAUAAUUGAAUUGUUAAAAGUAUUACUGGGCUUCGUUCGCCAAGAAAAGUAGUAUUAAUAAAAAAAGACGAACAAUUUCCAAGGUCUUCUAAGAUGCUCGCCUUUAGCCACCAAUGUUCCAAGAGAGGCACAAUCAUUGCUUCAACAACCGGUGAUUAAUUCCGCUGAGCAGUUGAGUUUUAGAAGUGAUUUUCAUUAGAAUCGUCUCUAAUUCGAUGAAGGGUAGUCGGAUACUUAUUUCCUUCUGUAGUGACUCUUACUGCAGUCUGCAAAGUUUUUGAUGAUACAAACAUUAUACGCGGCUUAUAUGAUGCAGUACCGCCUGUGCAAAGCUUUUUAUCGCGGACACAUGUAAGAACAAUCAUCAGUGAAGUGCGUCGGAUCAGAAUAUAAUAUUUUAAGCCAAAAAAAAAUAAACAAAAAUGGUUAAACACUAAGUAUGAAGAGAUAUAUUAUAGUUAAUCAUUUUUAAAAUUCAAGACUGAGCUUAUAGCUUAAUCAUACAGGAACCGUGGCAAUUAUAAUCUGUGUAAAAGGUAAAUUGGGAAAGAAAGACAUUAGACUUCUCAGAUCUUUCCUAAAGCUGAAGUAGAAUCUGUUUGUGAAUGGAAAUAGACACAUCAUUUGUGAUUGUAUUAUAUUGAUAGCAAUUAUGAUCAUUUUCCUCGGUAUACUUCCGUUGUUAAAUUUUUUCUUGCUCGGAGAUGAUAGUUUGCCGGCUAAAUUUACAAGCUCUCAGUUUAGAAAUAUCACCAAGACAAGGAAGUACCGUAAAAUUCCGAAAAUAAGCCCAGGGGCUUAUAUUUUUCAAAGGCCCUUUUUGAGGGGCUUAUUUUUGGAGGUAACGGGUAAUUAUGUCAUGUAUGUCUGUAUGGGCUCCUGCCGCGGUGCAUGAUUUCUAAGUUCGCGCUUUGCCUUGCUUGCCGUCAGUGAAGAAGCAAAAACAUAACUUCCAGGUUCGCUUCGUUGACCGAGCAAGACAUCGAAAAAAUUUUUGAAGACAAGGACUCACAAAACACAAAAAAGUCGACGAAGGUGGCAUAGGAGCUGUUUGCCACUUACGUGAAAGAGAAAAAACUGAGAUAACCUGAGGAACAGAAAGGGUUGGCACAAACUUUUAAAACAUCUUAUGUCGAAGCGAGAAAGAAAGAAUUCGUUCAAUAUAUAAUAAAACAAUAUUAGAUUCAGUUUUGUGAUAUCCAGAUCAUAAUAAUCAAGAUCUCGGUAAGGGUUAUCAGCCUUCGGCUUUGACUGAUAACCCCACCUUGAUUAUUCUGGAUAUCACAAAAACUUCAUCCAAUAUUUGUUUAGUAUUUAGUUGGUAGUUGAUAUUUUCAAGAACUUAUUAACUUUAAGAUUUGUUAACUUUUUAUAACUUCAUUAAAAUGGGCUCUACACUAUGGCAGCCCUUUUUAUUUUUCCUCUGUCGGCGAGUUAGUGUGGGUAUUCUCUGCCUUUUACUACCUGGCAUUCACUGCAGUUACGAAUCUUCUCAGUGUCUUCUCUAAGUAGGGCUCUGACAAUAAGUCUUGCUUAAAAGCUUUCGUAAACUUGUCAGAAAUUGGCGAAGGGACAUCCACAUAUUUUUCAGUCUUCACUAAGGAAAUCUCUGCGAACAAAUUUCCGGUAAUCUGCGACACUUUGCUCCUUGCUUUCGUAUUCGCAAGCAACUUCGUUGAUAUAAAGAGAUAAACGGUUACAAUUCAGUUGUGAGAUUCUUUAGCACUCGCUGCACAAGCGAAAUAGCCCUUGUGCGGUUUGUUCGCCAGAAGGAACACAGCGGAUUAGACCAAUCCGCAUAUUAAGUUGCUAUCCAUGCCGGCCGGCGUUGCCUAACAUGCCGAUUAAAUUGCGUGAUCCUGACUCCUCAAGUAGAUCUGGAUUGCGUGAUUCAGGAUUCAUAUCGUGAGAAACUGUUUUCAGUUUUCUUGACUCUGCAGAUGAUAGAUAACCGCCCCAUAUUAUGGGGAAUGGUUUUUCCUUAUUUUCUGUUGGUUUAACACGUGAAAGUAAACUGGCAAAUUUGCGGGCUUCUUCUGGCGUUACUGCAGCAAAAUACCUGUUUAAUUCGCCAAGAGCUUUUAAUUUCCCCACUAGCUCCUUCUCACUGGGAACCAAACACAAUAUUAGACCAUUUAUGCUUGGUACUAUAACAUUUUCCUUGUAGGGUAAAAAUUUUUGCUCACAGUGUUCAAUUUCCGUGACGUUUAUAUGCGUGGUUUGUGAUAGGGUGACGUUUAAUACAUACGCCUAUGCAAACCAAGAUGAAGGCUACUUUGUUGAUCACCUACCGAAACGGAAGAAAGGUUCGUCACUAGAGAAUUUUAAAUUUUGGAGUUUGCAUUCAUGUAUCAUAUUCGAUUCAUAACGCCAGAGAUCUUAAGGCAUUCACAAUCAUCAUCAUCAUCAUCAUCUUUAUCAUCAUUAUGUUCCUUGCAAAUCCAAUAUUAUAUAAAAAGGCUGCAUCAUUUCAAACAAUUUUUGGGUGUAAAUCUUUAGCCAUAGUUUGUUUCGCUCUUUCAGAAGUGCUCAGUAGAAUUUAAAUUCCCACAUUUUUGGUGAACUUUCAAUGAAGUUCCUAACGGUGUUAAAAGAAUGGCAAUGUCAUGAAGGUUGAUUAAUCUUCCGUUUUGUCAUUAAUAUACAGAUUUAGCCAAAGGCCAACAGCGAAGCUCUCUAGGAAUGUUUUAAGAAAAGUUUUUCUCAAGUAAUUCAACUUUUGCCAUAAGCAGAAAGCAAACUAAACUCCACCUUUAAUAAAAUGUACCUGAGCCCGAGAUCAAUUGAAAACCAAAAACUGCUCAGCGGGUAACUUUUAAAAAGUGCGUCGUUUCAAUGAGUUGUAUAGCUGAGCUCGCGAUACAGUAAUGUGACACUGGUCAGCGGAUGCCCUUUUUGGACAGCUGUCAAUUGACCAUAACACUGAUGUCCAAUACCCCGGCAAUGAUUCACUGAAGUGGAGUAAAUAUUCACCACAAGCCACCAACAAUUACAAUCAUAAUAUGUUGGCGCACAAAUUAAUUAUGACUGAACGGCGCGUCGCGUUGUCGAUUUCGGUUUACAGUUGACUCCCGAUAACUCGAAUCUCGCGCCAACUCGAACCAAAAUCGAUUUCCCCUGGAUUUCUGUCAUACUGUAAUUUUACUCUCGGUAACUCGAAUCCUCGAUAACUCGAACCUUCCGCUAACUCGAGGUAGUUUUUGUUUCCCCCUCAGAUCAUUUCUAUACAAUUUUACCCUCGAUAACUCGAACCAUGUUUUAAGCCCUUAAAAGUCGGGAAAAAAACCGUCUACUGGCGUCCCUGGUCAAACAUUGAAUUUUGAAUUUCCCAUUGACGUGUUGUGAGCAUAUAGUAUACUAUUGGAGGCUCAUGUUAUUUGCCACAAAAUCUAACGUGAAACAGCUUUACUUCUCAAAACAGUGAAACGAAUGCUCUAUUUUGGCAAUGCUUACGUUUUGAUUUAUAAUCUAGAAGUAUCUUUUAAUUUUCACUUGACAUUGCUUCAAUUAAAUGUGAUUAAAAUGUUCACUAUAUAUGCAGUAAAAACUGUUUUUUUUUUCGUUACUGCUGGCUAACUUCUUCGAGCUCCCGAUAACUCGAACCUUUUUUGAUUUCUCUUGAAGGUUCGAGUUAUCGGGAGUCGACUGUUGUAUCACUGAUCGACAGCUCUGGUUCCGAAACAAAAAGUCCUCGAAUCGCGGACUUCCGGCUUGUUAGCAGUCGUCGGAAGGAAACCAGAGGUACAGAUUUAAACACAGUAGGAUGAGAGAACGAUGGCGCAUGCCGUCACUUCUAGUGACCGAUCUUAAUCCACUAUACACACAGAAUCUUUGCGACCCCCUCAAAUUCGUUCUCGCUAUAAACGUAUUAUUCCAUUUCUUACCAAAAUACCCUUAAUCCCACUAUUAAAUUUAUAUCAAACUGUUCAUUGAAAUCUUUCUGCUUUCUCUACAUCAAGGUUUCCCUCAAUGAUGUUAUCGAUCAUUGAAAUUGUUCUUUAAACUAAACCUACGGCCGAACAUCAGUACCGAGUUUUACCCUCAUCAUGUCACCCCUUACACACUUAUUCCCUGAGAAUACGACGUAUAUGUUCCUUCCACGAUACAACGUAUAUUCAUACUAUCACUUACACUCACACAAGCGACUCAACCACACGUAUCCCUCUAGUUGUCGGAUACCACCCAGCUAUUCGCUCAAUAUCAUCUAUUUUUCACAAGCACAUUUACAUUCUUUCAUCCUCCCAACUUGGUGCUACUUUGUUUAAAUCUAUACCACUCGUUACCUUUCUACGUACUAUCGCUAUGUGGACUUCCCGUUCGGAACCAGAACUCUCGAUUCAUGUUAUGGUGUUAUACGCUGUUCAAAAUCCUAUAUUUCUCAGCAGGACCGUCGAGAACGAGCGAUACAGGCGGCCAUCUUGACCGGGUCUAGCUUCAACUACUUAAAGGGCGGGGGACGGUUUGGGAACCCCCAGGCCUGCUCUCUCGGUACUGACAUUUGAAUCCAAUUACAAAAUGGCUGCCAGUGAAAUUAAAGCGAGCGCUCGAUCUCGACGAUCUUACGAAAACAAGGGGACUGUGAACAGUCUACCAAUGUUAUAAUUGAUUGUAAAUAAUUAUUUCAUCACUUUAACUAAAGGCAGUUGUAAUAAGACAGUCAUUUCUUUAGGUUCCGUAGGUCUCCUGGUCUGCAAUUCCACAGAUUAGUCUUACCCUGAAUCUCUUGACAUUUUAUCAAUCGUGUUUCAUGUUCGUAAACUGUUUUAUUUGACGGCUGUCUAGUCUUCUUUUUUUUUCUUUUUUUUCUUAUAUUUGUUUUUCUGUCUAGUCUUCUUGGUAUUACAGUUUCGAUAUGUUAGAUGAAUUAGUGAUUUGUUUUGACUACGGUACUGUUUCCAAGAUUCAUUGCGUGCCCGUUUCAAGUGUUUUGACAGAGUGAAGUAUUUGAAACGAAAAUGGAAGUGCCGUAUCAGUUGUCGUUGAUGAAAAGGUAUGCCAAAUACUAAUAAGAUGUCAGCCAAAAUAUCAUAGCUUAGAAAACAAAACGUCCCUAAAAAUAUUGCUCGUUGAUAGCCAUCUAAGCUUACAAGGUUCGGUGAGAGAAGUGUAGUUGUCAUUGUUGUAGCUUUACAAUGGGAAUUUCUCAGUUGUAAUCAAAACGAAGAACUAGGGCUCUAGUAUCAGGGUUUAUACUUGAAUUAUGUUUUAGCAGUCGCAUAUUGUCCUGUAUCUAAUAUCCUAUUUAUAAAUGUAUGGCUAUAUUCAAGUUCGCCAUGACAUGUAGCAGGUUUUUAAGAGUUAAGGAUUAGUCGAUGAACUUUGCUAACUCUCCUAUCUUUAUCGAAACUAUAGAAUUGUGUUGAUUUCGAAUUGACCACGCCCUUUUUUUAAUGCGUAUGUACAGCGUACAACAAAGGCAGGCACUUAUUUGAAUUUUGAUUCUGUUUCUACUUUUUUACUGUUCUUUCCGGUAUUAGUCAGUACCAAUAUAAACAAACGAUCUGCGUCUCUGUACGAUAUUUUGUAUAUUGCAAUUCUCAAUUGAACUGUAAGCCACAUUUGAAUUAAGGGGCUAGCAUUUAGUUUUUUGAAGAAUAGCAGGGAUUUACAACGUUUCAAAAAUCAUAAUAAUCGUUGAAAAAUGAGAAGGCGUCGAGCCUGAGAUCAAAUCGAAAAGAAAGAGAUCGAGCUCAAGUAGAGAAAAUUGAACGUUUAUAUAGGUCUGAAGCUGUGAAUGGUUCGGUCAAAGGGUAUUACGUAUUCCGCGGCACUUAAUUUUUAAGAAUCUUUUUCUCCUGUUCACUAUAUUGAUGUCUCAUACACUGCCUGUCAACACGUCAGUACAAGGCUAAGAACGCUUAAUUAAGCCACAUUUUGAUGAGGAAUGUCUUCUGCCUCUCCGUGGUUGACGAAUAGGGUGAAAUUGCAAAAAGAGCAAUCAGUGAACUUGGCCGCCGGAACUUUCUUUUAUACUUCAUUAUUGUCAAGUACUUUUGUUAUUGAGUAUACAAACGUAAGCCGAUCGCGAACCGACUGAAAAGGCUUUGAUCGUCAAAUUAAUCAUUAUUUAUGUACGGACAGUCGAAUAUAUCAUCACUUUUUUUAUCACAAUGUUGCAAUAUAACUAGAGGUUUGGCAUUUGGUAGCCCUCCAAAUAUUGAAGCUCUCCACUCCAGAUCUUCCUUUAAAUGGUCGAUAUAUUACUCCACGAGUCAUUUCUAUCUGAAUUGGAGCACUCUUACAUCUGAAAUACACCGGAAUUGCUGAACAACUUCUCUGUUGUUUGAAAUCAAUGGAUUCGUUUCCCCUUUGUAUUAAGGUGAGUAACUAGCGCAUUUUGAUUCAUCAACUAUGAACUAGUUACCUUCUAGUCUGCAAAUAGGGUUAUACGUUAUCAUACAAUUUUAAAAGGGUUAUAGUCCUCGUAAAUGAGACAGAUUCUUCGUUAAUAAUUGAAUUGUUAAAAGUAUUACUGGGCUUCGUUCGCCAAGAAAAGUAGUAUUAAUAAAAAAAGACGAACAAUUUCCAAGGUCUUCUAAGAUGCUCGCCUUUAGCCACCAAUAUUCCAAGAGAAGCACAAUCAUUGCCUCAACAACCGGUGAUUAAUUCCGCUGAGCAGUUGAGUUUUAGAAGUGAUUUUCAUUAGAAUCGUCUCUAAUUCGAUGAAGGGUAGUCGGAUACUUAUUUCCUUCUGUAGUGACUCUUACUGCAGUCUGCAAAGUUUUUGAUAAUACAAACAUGAUACGCGGCUUAUAUGAUGCAGUACCGCCUGUGCAAAGCUUUUUAUCGCGGACACGUGUAAAAACAAUCAUCAGUGAAGUGCGUCGGAUCAGAAUAUAAUAUUUUAAGCCAAAAAAAAAUAAACAAAAAUGGUUAAACACGAAGUAUGAAGAGAUAUAUUAUAGUUAAUCAUUUUUAAAAUUCAAGACUGCGCUUAUAGCUUAAUCAUACAGGAACCGUGGCAAUUAUAAUCUGUGUAAAAGGUAAAUUGGGAAAGAAAGACAUUAGACUUCUCAGAUCUUUCCUAAAGCUGAAGUAGAAUCUGUUUGUGAAUGGAAAUAGACACAUCAUUUGUGAUUGUAUUAUAUUGAUAGCAAUUAUGAUCAUUUUCCUCGGUAUACUUCCGUUGUUAAAUUUUUUUUUGCUCGGAGAUGAUAGUUUGCCGGCUAAAUUUACAAGCUCUCAGUUUAGAAAUACCACCAAGACAAGGAAGUACCGUAAAAUUCCGAAAAUAAGCCCAGGGGCUUAUAUUUCUCAAAGGCCCUUUUUGAGGGGCUUAUUUUUGGAGGGGCUUAUAUUCGGAGGGGCUUAUAAACGGAGGGAAGUUUGCGUUUCAAAAGCGGCUAGGCUUAUACUUGGAGGAAAAUUUGCGUCUCAAAAUCGAUUGGGCUAGCUUAUAGUUGAAAGGAAAUUAAUGUCAGUAAUUUGCAGAAAGUUUUUACUGAAACUCGCCUUGAGGACGUAGACCUUUCUAAAAGGUGGCCAUACGAGUACUUUGUCCAUAUGGGUUGAGGAAAUCAAGGCCAAAAGUGAAAAGGAACCACGCAAACAGCAAUUAACUGUGACUUUCUGACUACAAACACUUGGCAGACAUGAAAGAGUUAUUUGGCAAAUACAAAAACUUAUAUGUUACUGUACCGUUUUUGCUUUGUUUUAUUUUGUAUUUGGGGGCACUUUCAAAGUACAAGCCCCCAGGGGCUUACAUUUUAAGGGGCGAUUUAACGGAGGGUUUUUUGCGUGACGAGUUUGAGGGGCUUAUAUUUGGAGGGGCUUAUACAUGGAGGGGCUUAUUUUCGGAAUUUUACGGUAUUUUGAGUUAUCGCCCGAUAUUUGCAUUACCGAGGUUGGAAUAACUGAAGUUGUCUUGUUAUUCAUACGUUUUACAUGUGUAAAGAACUUAAACUUAGUAUUGUUCAGCAAGUAUUUGGUUGAUUCGAACAGUGGCGUCCUGAACAAAUAGUACAAUUUAGAAAACAAAGAAAAUGCAAAUAAUGCAAUAAAGUACUUCAGGAAAUCGUCUUUCUCUGAUCUACAGUGAAUAUUGGCCGUCAUCCACAUAAAUUACUGUCAGCAUUUUUAUUGCCGGCGACAAGAGGAGCCCGCAGCCUAAUAAUGAUAAACUUGGUCAGCGGCACUUUAUUAACUGUGUAGCGAGAUUUUCCUCGAUCUGUUCUCAUUCUUGAGAUUCCCAUGUUCUCCCGACCAAUAUGCACGGUAUGUGGCCGCAAAGGCCCUGGUGUUGAGUUUAAGGUCAGUGAUGUCACGGUAAUCACGUGAAUGCACAUGCAAGUGAUUACAAUAAAUUAUUACAUUCGAUUCACAUGCACACGUAAUCCAGGUACACAAGUACUGCAUUAAAUGGGAGGACUUUUCGAUUCGCCUUUCUGGCCUGGAAUCUAUUUACCCAGGAAAGUGAGAGUAGAGCUUGAUCUCAGCUUAGUACGGGACAAGUUUUCGCUAAGAUACGAGUGUUAGCAAAGUCUAGAAAGCGAUGUACGUUUAUUCACGUUUUACUACAGUGUAUGAUUUUUAUAUUUUUUGUACGUUUCCAAGCAUGUUACGUCGUUUUCAUCCGAGCAAAAGCUUCAAUUAAGCUUUAAACUCCAGUGGUAAUUUAAGUUGGUUCAUAGUAUUGCAUAUCAACGUCAUUGGACACGGAUUGAAUAUUCGAUUGAAUUUAAAUAAGAUUUCGUGCAGUCAUGUCUGUAAACAUAUAUUACUUGUGUCACACAUUGCUGUUUCAAUCUAUCUUUGCUGGCGCGAAUACAACCGUCUCCUCGCUCCUCACCGUUAUACAGGCUAAUUAUUACCAGUUAUAAUCCACUGAUUAAUUUUUGAGCUAUUUUAUUGGCUAUUUUGGGUCACGUGGUACCAAAUCGGAAGGCGGAUAUCAGGUAAUACACCCCGUCUGUGUCGAUAUUUGAGAUAUUUGCCCUACGAUAUUCAGUGCCAAGAAAGUAAAUAACAAAGUUAACAAAGUGAGUCUCUUUUCAGUUUUUAUCUUCUUUAAUAAUUGAAAUGAAAGCAAUAAGAACAAACUUGAUUUGUAUAAUCCAGUUUCACUAAAAUUUUGAGCUGUUCGCAACUAUCAGUUCCGGAAAGAAAUCAAUAAAAUAAGCUAUGAAUCGAAGAUGAUCAAAAUUUAUGAAUUAAGCUUGAUAUUUAUGCACUUGAACAGGAACAGAAACUUGAAUACAGUUUUGAUCUAUGGGGCGUUACGAGAGUUCAUUUGACAUGACAGCCCGUCAAGCCUUGGUCCAAUCACAGUUCAAAAAAAAAUCAAUCAAUCAAAGGGCUUGUUUGUGUCAUUCGCGGGCGCGCUCACCUCUUGUUUUUGUUUUUCUUUCUCUCCCAACAUGUUAGAGAUGUAAAAAAUUGAUCAGAGGAUUAUAAAAAAAGAAUAUACCCCUUUUUGUCUUGCGGGUAUAUUGGAUGAUAAAGCCCUUAUCUGACAGAUUGUCCUCAAAAUUUCACAUUUGCCCUUGAAGCUUCGCUUCUCGGGCACAUGUUUAUUUUUCGGACAAUCUCUCAGCUGAGGGCAGUAUCGAGGCUCUGCUAGGCUAAAUUCCGACAAGCGACAGAACGUAAAAUGAAAUCGCGGCAAGAGACAAACUCCCUCGGCCAAAUUGCGACAGUGACAGCAAAGCCGAGAAUAAGCGACAAAAAACUUUGGUUUGGCUUAUUUAUCACCAGUCUGAAUACCGAGAAGAAGUAAAUUUCGUCAAUUUUCCUUCGCUUCAGGGAACGUAUCUUAUCAGCGAUCUUCAGUGGACCCUCCUGAGCUCGCGUCGCGUUACACUUCACCAGUUUACCCAACCCCGUACAACUUCUCGGAGUCCUGGGAGCGAGGUUUUCCGUCACAUAGUUUAAUUUUAUGCACGCUUUACAUCUCUUGUAUGCUUUGCUUGCUUUGCUCACGUCGUCAGGUAGAACCGUGAGAAGACCACUACGUCUUGAUUUGUAAGGUGGAGAGGUAAAUGUUAUGAGCGAAGUGGCUCAUCAGACUGCCAUGCUGAUGAGCCCCAGUAAGGGCGAAACAGCUUUCCAUGGCUGCCACUGCCCGGGUGACAUGGCUGUGCACAUGCGCGGGGUACUGGCCAGGCCGUGGGUUGGUGUAUGUGUGCCCUUUGCUUUUAGUUUGGCUCAUCAAACUAGCGCUUUCCUCCCUAUAAAUGUAGCGUGAGUCGACUAGUUCGAAAGUACUACAUCUCCAUAAAGAUUUGUCCAUAAUUUUUAGGGUUUGCUGUUAAAUUGGCCAAUUUUUAAUGUUUACUGUUUCCGAAGAAAAUACUAUUAAGUGUUUGGAGGGUUCUUCGGAAAUCUUCGGCAAUGGUCGGACCUCUUUGUUAGUCUUCAGAAAUCUUCGGCAGUCUUUGGGGAUCUUCGGUAGCCUUCGGAAAUCUUCUGAAAUAAUCCGGAAUUGUUGUAAAAUGACCAAAAAUUCCUUGAUAUACUAAACAAAAUAAUAUUGGCCUUUUUUAGAGCCGUUUUUCUUUCUUUCUGGAAAAAAAAUUACUGUUUCAAAGAAUUUUUACUUUUAGUGUUAAAAUACCUAAAAUUUAACUGUUUCAUGUUACAAAACCAAAAAAUGAAGUGUUUAGUUUUAUCGAGGUACCCUCCAUAAAAGGUAUGUUAGAAAAUCUCAAGGCUUUCAAUCCCCUGCCAGCAUUAUGAUCGUCGGUACCCACUAUAGGUGAAGAGAGACAAUGUGAUCCAGACUUAAGUUUCUUGUCAAUUGUAAGCAACAGGGCGGUGACUCAGGGGGCAGGUAACCUGACCACCGACCUUCCAACCGCUCUCACAGAGUAGACCACCAUGCCUUCACAAUUUAUCAGGUCAGUUAGUCUUAAAAUGUUCAAAGUGGAUCACUCAACUGUGAAUGUCGAUGUAUUAGUUGUUCGAUACGCGACAUGUCAACUGAGAAAUUUCAGAACUAUAAUGGUUUCUUUACAACGCAUCUCUAUCCUCCUUUUCUAAAAUUCCGACGAAGACAAAGAAUUUCGUUCAAUUUCCGAGAGCGACAUGAAGCAUUUAUAAACAUCGACACGAGACGUUUUAAAAUUUCAGACGAGCGACAUGGAACCCGAAUUGCAGGCAGCCAUUUGUAAGUCACACAAUCCAAUUUAGAGGGGUGGAUGGGAAAGGGUGAAAAAGCAAAACAACAGCAAUAAUUAAGACUAAGUUCUCACCAUACAGGAUAGUUUUUCGUGCAGACACAAAAAGCUUUCCCGUACAGUAUGAACACCUAUCCCAUAUAUGACUCUCCUCUUUAGAAAUCGGCGCGUCGCAGCUUUGCUCUGCGGUUACUGGUCAUUUGUUUAUUCACAACUUUGAUUGUACUCGCAGACUGGGUGAUUUUAUUAAACAGUAUAUCAGGACCGCCAUCAGUGGCAUAACCUGCCGAUGAAGAUUUGGGGAAUAACUUCAUCUUAGAACCUAAACCAAAGGAUAACGAAAGAAGGAAGAUUAUUUUUGUUCUGUUUUGUUCUGUUCUGUUUCGUUUUGUUUUUAUAUGCAGUCCAAACAUCGCAUUUUCGGUAUAAACGAUCGAUAGAUACAAUACAACGCACCCCUGAAAAGUAGAAUAAAAUGAAAUAAAAUAUUGUUUUUCUUUUUUUUUUCCGUGGUUAAGUAGAAAUCCUAAUAGAACAUCGAGGCCCUUUUUUUUCGUUAUAUUUUAAGUUUGGGUGACCUGUGGUUUCGGUGGUUAUUCCAUGUUCCGCGAGAGUCAUUAUACUUCCUUAGAUUGCCGUUUUUUAGGCAAAAUCAAAACUUGGGAUAUCUAAAUUUAACAAUAGCGAUUUGAAAAUCCCACUUAAUUUAAAAGUAAAAUUUUAUAAAAUUCAUUGGAAUUUAUGAUUAUGGCUGUGGCUAUGGCUAUUCUGUGUGUGAAAAAUCGCGAAAGUUAAUUUUGGGGCUUCCUAAGUAAACAAACCCUGGUCCUGCUAGUUACUUGGAAUCCGAUAGUGGUGGUGGUGUUAAAAGGCAGCUCUUUAAAAGUUCGUUAUAUUCUGCAAGCUAUGUAUAUACCCUAUUUACUCGAACAAGCGGCGGGGCGCUUAUUUAAAACUUCGGCUAAAAGGAGAGGUGCUUAAUCUGAAGGGAGGCGCUUAUUAAAUUUUCCUUUCAAAAAACCCGUUUGGUGGACGUCUGUCCUGGGGGUGCGUUCAUUUUAACUUUUUUUAUUUAACUUGUCAUAUCUGUGAUUCGAGUACCUCUGUACCGUAUAUUCUCGAUAAGGGCCUACGCUCUAAUAAGCGCCUAUCCCCGAAAAAGCCCUGACUCACAACCUUAGCCAUAAUAUCAAACAAGCGCCCUUAUCGAAUCAGCGCCCUCUCCCCUCCCCAUAACUUUCUAAAAUAGUAGGAAUGCAAGAGGGAUACGACGAUCUGCAUAUUAAUGACGAGGAUAAUCUUAAAGGUGAAGCGCAAAGUGAUUGCGCGAAAAUAGCGGGCGCACCGCAAAGAUCGUGACGUCACAGAGAUAAACUCCCUUCCAAACACAACUCUCAGUCAAUUAGAGCGGGCGUAUUACCGGACUAAAUUAGGAACGGGAACGUCAGUUGACAACGGCGCACGCAAAUCAAACAACUGGCUUAACCCUAUCGUCAAAUGACGUCAAAUUCUGUUGUUAAAUUAGCCUAGUGAAAAAGUCGGGAUUGCACGUGCUAUUCACUAAAUCACUAUGAUCUAGAAACUCAUUUGCAACCUCGACAAAACGAGAAGCGGCCGCCACUGUUACGGUCAGUUUUCAAAACCGGCCAAUUUCGCUUCUCGAGGAGUAUUACUAAUAGUCUCCUAGUAGCGUAGCCAAUAAAAAUGCAGGAUUUGCAUUAGUCCACAAGUGGGUGAUACUAAAAUGGGAUAGGGUCUCUGACACGUGUGAGAGGCUAGCGGCACAUACCAGGAAAAAUUGACCCAAGUAUUCCCCUGGUAGCUGUCGUGACGUCAAGAUCAAAAGCAACUAUAGCAACUGACUAUUGUGAGAUUAACUACUAUGAACAAUUCUAAUAAAAAAUACUUUGAAUUUGCAGCUCGUGAUUCUUUCAUUUUUUGUGUUCAUAACACGUUUGCCUGGCACAAAGCAGGACGACGACCGUUCAUCGCCAUGUAGCACUCCAGUCACGGUCGAAGACGCCAAGGCGGAGUUACAGGCAAAUGGCAUAGCUAUCAACAAGAACUACAUGGCGUUCACUUUGGCAGAAGCAAAAUUAAACUUCAAAAAUCUCGUCACUAUGGAACCUAUGAAUUUUUCAUCGAUAGUAAAACGGAUAGUGAGUCCUUUAGGCCAUGUGACCGAGAUUGUAGGCUGUUAUCCAGAAAAAGUACCCCAAGAUUUUUGCACGAGGUGCUCCGCACGCACUACACAACCCGAGUACAUAUACCCUCGCUACUUCAAUACAAUUAUCUGCGACCAGCGUGGUGGGAGUUGCGGUUCUGGAGCUCAGGGGGAAUGUAAAGAGUUUGGUAAGGACCAGGACCUGGCGCAAUAUGAUCCAACGGCACCGUGUGGUGAUCGCUUUAAAACAGUUACACACCAACUGAAGUUGUGCUGUGGAUGCGAAUUGAUUUAAAAAACCGACAAGCGAAGUUUACUGAAACCAGUGACGUUGAAUGUCUUGGCUUAAUAAGUAAAAACAUCACAUUAUCACAAAUAAGAAGGGUGUAGAGGGUGGGGGGUGUUCGCUUUACACUCAUAACCUGAUAUAAGCACAACACAACGUUUGAACACAUUUACUUAAGUCACCGGCCGAAGUGCUACGCUUUUAUGUCAUUGUAGGUUAAUCUUUGUAAGGAGCACCCAACGACCAAAUGUUUCCAAAUACGACGGAAGUCUCUUAAGUCAAAUUGUUUUCUCUACCCUUAGAAGCCUGAUUGGAGCUGUGUUUAAAAGCAUUUAUCUGUUUUGGAUUUGCUCCUUCGUACAGUCAUUUUAACCGAGAAAAGACUUUGGGUGCCCCUGAAGUGGAUAUAGCAAUGGCCUAUUGUUUAUACUCCUUGGAUGUGUUUCCUUGAUGUUUAAAAAAAUGCCGAAUUCUGAGUAUUUGCCCGUCCAAAACCUUUGUACUUUAGGAAUAACCGCGGCAGGUUGUAGUUUAAGGCAUCAUGCUUACAGUUUUAAAGAUACUCAUUUUAUAAACUUUAAUAAAAACUGAUAUAAGGAAAAACAUUUUCGAACGCUUUUUGAGGAAAUCUCGUUUCCUCUGAAAAUGGAAAUCAGGUGAAAUCAGGUGUAACUUGUGAGUGACCUGUAUGCAAUUUAAUUUUAAUUAAAUAAAUUAAUUUUUAGUAUGUUUAAUGUUGGAGAAUAUUCUUUGUAUGGGAAUUUAGUUUCCCCCGCUUCAGUCAUGCACCUUUUGUAUUUUUCUGUAUUAAUUCUUCGUAUUGGCAUGGCAAAAUAUUAAUAAACUUAAACUUAAGGGUUCAGUGUGAAUGUUUGGACACAACUUAGAAACAAGUUUGCAGUUAGACUCCAAGGGUUAUUGUAGAGAU